GUGGUUGAGAAUGAACCAGCUCGAUUUGAAUGUGCUGUUAUUGGUAACCCUCGGCCGAAGGUUACAUGGUACAUCAAUGGAAACCAAGCUCUUCAUGGUCAUCGUUACAAGCUCAACUAUGAUGGUCUCCAUUACCUUACCAUUAAUAACUGCCGUAUUUCUGACGCUGGUGAGGUUACGGUAAUCGCCCGGAACAGCGAGGGAGAAAUUCAAGCGACUUGCCCGUUGGAUAUCUUCCAGAAGAAAGACUUCCGACAACUGCAACUCAAACCGACUCAGUUUGUUACCAGUGAGGAAUUGCAACAAAGGCAAUUACAGUGGCAGAGGGAAACCCUCGGCAAGACGAAAUACCCUGUCGAACCCCUUGAAACCGAAGAGCUUGUUGACAAAUUCAACAGACCCCGAGACGAAAGCUUCUAUGAUCAACUUGCCUAUGUCGAACAACCCAAGCCUCAGUUCAAAAUUAUGGAACUCCCACCAGUUCAGCUCAAACCUGGAGAGAUUUCCAAAUACGAACCACCACGGGAAGAAAUGGAGAAGGUACCUCUCCGACCUGUUCCUGGACAAAAGAAAGAGAGACAAUUGCCACCUGCAGAACAACCCAACUGGGCCCAAGGAGGUGUGCUGCCUGGAAAUGUGGAAGGACGAUUUAAGAAGUUACCCAGCCCACCCAAGGAAGUUGAAGUUCCUGCUCGUGAUCAAAUCACGUUGAAAACGGCCAAGCCGAAACCAGCUUCUGAGGUGGAGACCGGAGAGCAUGUCAAGAUUGCCGAAGAGAAGGCAAGGUUGAAGGCUGUACAGCAGGGUCCUGAACAACCAAAGGAGGAGAUGGUACCACAUAAGCAACAAGUCGAGCUGAAG